CCUCCCCGCGUCCCGUGGCGGCGGGUGGCGAGCAUCCUGGCCAGGGGGCAUCCGCCCCGACAAGCCACUCGACCCCCGCAGCCCGGCCCCAGGACCAACGGUUGCGUGGACUCCCUUCGCGGCCAGUGACCAUGGCAGGACCGUCGCCCUGCCAGCUCCUCCCCUCUGUCCUACUGAUCCCCCUUUGGACGGCAGGGGUGUUCCCCGCAAGCCCGUGCAGGAUUGCGGGGGACGUGGCGGACUGCAGUCACCUCAAGCUGACCCAGAUCCCCCCGGACCUGCCACCGGACAUCCGCGUCCUGAAUCUGACCCACAACCAGCUCAAGAGACUGCCAGCCGCCAACUUCAGCCGCUACGCCCGGCUCGGCGUCCUGGACGGGGGCUUCAACGACAUCUCCAAGGUGGAUCCGGAACUGUGCGCCUCCCUGUCACUGCUUCGCACCCUGAACCUGCAGCACAACGAGCUGACGCAGCUCUCGGCCCUCUGGUUCGCACGCUGCGCUGGGCUGGCCCACCUCUACCUCAUGGCCAAUUCCAUCCAGGAAGUCAAGGGCGACCCGUUCCUGGCGCUCACGAACCUGAGUAUACUAGACCUCUCCCACAACCACCUGUCAUCUGCGAAAUUAGGAACACGUCCCCAGCUGGGAAACCUCCAACAACUUCUGCUGUCCAACAACAAAAUCAACAUUCUGAAGGAGGACGACCUGGAGUUCCUUGCCAAUUCUUCCUUAAGGAAGCUGGAGCUUUCCUCGAAUCAGCUGCAAGUGUUCUCUCGUGGCUGCCUCCGAGCCAUAGGGCAACUGACCGGCCUGUGGCUGAACAACAUGCCGCUGGGGCCCAAACUCACGGAGCUACUGUGCGCCGAGCUGUCUGGGACACACCUCCAAAGCCUUGCCCUAAGCAACACAGAACUCAGGCACACCACCAACACCACCUUCCAGGGCCUGGGUGCCACCAACCUCACCACCCUCGACCUGUCCCUCAACAGCCUGACUCUCAUCGCUCCCAACUCCUUCAUCUGGCUCCCGCACCUGGAGACCCUCACGCUGGCGAGCAACAGCCUGGUCCGCCUUCAGGCGCUUUCUUUCUCCGGCUUGUCUGGCCUCCGGCGCCUGAGCCUCAGAGCCGCUUUUGGGCGGUCUGACUGGCAGGGGACGCCUGGCCCGGUGGUCGAGGAUGGUGCCUUCGCAGAGCUGCGACGCCUGGAGGUCCUGUCGCUGGAGCAGAACAACCUGGGCGAGGUGACGUCCGGCACCUUCUUGGGUUUGGUCAGCCUGAAGCAUCUCAGCCUAUCCGGCUGCCACCAGGGCCUGCAGACAUUGACCAACCGGACCUUCGCCUCUCUGGCUGCCUCGCCCCUGCUCCUGCUGAACCUCUCGCGGGCCAAAGUCGAGGCCGUGGAGGCCGGUGCCUUCUCCCAGCUGGGGCAGCUGCGGGUGCUGGACCUGGGUGUGAACGAGAUCCGACAACGGCUCUCAGGCUACGAGUGGGUCGGCCUGGCCCAGCUGGAGGAGCUCUACCUGUCCUACAACCCACAGGUGGGGCUGAACAGCAAGAGCUUCGCCUUUGUGCCCAGCCUGCGGCGGCUCCUAUUACGCCGGGUGGGCUGCGGCAGCCUGACGCUGGCCCCCUCACCCUUCCGCCCACUGCGGAACCUGAUGGUGCUGGAUCUGAGCAACAACAACAUCCCCGGUGCCAGCGCCGAACUGCUGGAAGGGCUGGACCGCCUGGAGGUCCUGGAUCUGCAGCAUAACAAUCUGGCUCGCUUGUGGAAGGCAGCCAAUCCUGGCGGGCCCGUUCUCUUCCUGCGGGGCCUGUCCAGCCUGCGCACCCUUCAGCUGGAGUCCAACGGGCUGGAUGAAGUGCCUGUCGAGGCCUUCCGCGGCCUGGUGGCCCUCCGGACCCUGGACCUGGGCCUCAACAACCUGAACCUGCUGCCGGCCGGGCUGUUCGCUGACCUGGCCGGCUUGCACUAUCUCAACUUGCAGAAGAACCUACUCACGACAGUGCCCAGCGAGGUGUUCGGGCCAGUCUUCCGCAACCUGAGCACUCUGGAUCUGAGUUUCAACCCAUUCGACUGCACGUGCGCCAGCAUCGCCUGGUUCGUGGCCUGGUUGAACAGCACGAGAGCCACCAUCCCCGAGCUGCACACCCAAUACCGCUGCAACACGCCGCCGCAGGCCCACGGCUCACUCGUGGUACACUUCGACGACGCGCCCUGCAAGGACAGUGCCCCUUUUGAGAUGUUCUUCGUGGUUAGCGCCAGCGCUCUGUUCCUCUUCACCUCCGGCGUCCUGCUCGCCCACUUCCAGGGCUGGCGGCUCAAGUUCUAUUGUCACGUGGUUGGGGAGCGGGUCCUGGGCAGGUGGGGGGCCGGCUGCCCGCCUGGCCAACCUGACUUUGCCGCCUACGUGAUCCACGCCCAGCAGGACUCCCACUGGGUCUGGGAGAAUUUUGCUUCUCUGGAGGAGCAGGAUCCAGCCCUGCGCUUCUGCCUGGAGGAGCGGGACUUGGAGGCCGGCCGGCCCGAACUUGAGGCCAUCGUCAGCGGCAUGAGGCGGAGCCGGAAGAUCAUCUUCUUGGUGACGCAUCACCUGCUGGAGGAUCCCCUGUGCCGACGCUUCAAGGUGCACCAUGCAGUCCAUCAAGCCAUCGAGCAGAACCUGGACUCCAUCGUCCUGGUCUUCCUGCAGGACAUCCCAGACUACCGGCUGAACCACGCCCUGGGCCUGCGCAGAGGCAUGUUCCGCUCCCACUGUGUCCUGCGCUGGCCACCGCACCAGGAACGCCUCUGUGCCUUCCAUCAGAAGCUUAGGGCUGCGCUCGGGGCCCCCAACACGACACCCUGACCGGCCCCCGGCGAGGGGCGGCUCUCCGACCGGGCUGGGGCCGGACGAGGAGGUUCCUGGCCCCAGCCGCCCAGCGGAGGUUGGAGCCUGCCAGACCCGAGCAGCCGGGCUGCGGCCGUGUGCCAGGAACAGGGGUGUUGGGUAACAUCUCACACCUGCUGCAAGGCUGCUGAUGGACACACAAUAGGGAGGAAGACCGAGCUUCUUGUCAACAAGAGGUAGUGUGUAAGUAAUUAGAGGACAUGGCCGUGGCUCUUUCCCUGAACCCCGCUGCCCCGGUGGCUGGAGCAGAUGGCAUCUGUUAAGUAUUACUUCCCGGCAGGCAGCGAUAGACAGAGUUGAAGGGUUAACCCUACCUCUCAGGUAUGCCCCCACAAAAACCUCUCACACUCGGGGCAUCCAGGGCUCCCGCAGUGGAACUAAGUCUUGGCCCCUUGUACCUGUUUCCUCCCCAACAACUCUCCAGAUCCCUCAGUGCCUUCCCCCAGCUCCCUGUGCCCCUCCACAUCAAGCCAAGGCAUCUUACAGACUGCUUCAGGCUCUCAACCAACAUAGCCCAUCUCACCAAUGCCCCUCUUCACCUGCUGCUCCUCAGUUUACGCUCUUCACCCCCGCUAAGCCCACCUUCUAGCGGUACCCCCCUGCUGUCUAGUCUCCCACCCCCAUCCCUUUGCUCACACCUGUUCCCCCUCUCCUGGCUUGGAACUCCUCUCCUCCCCAACUUCGCCAGACUCCAGUCCUCUCCAAAGCCCUCUGGUAAAAGACUACUUCUUACAUUAAUUCUUUCCUUAUUAAUUCCCCUGCAUCCCAGGUCACAUAAACCCAUCAGCCAAUUCUAGCACUUAUAAAUUUAUCU